AUGGAGCCGAUCCAACCCACGGCCACCCAAGCGAGCAAGAUCCGCGUCCAGCACGAGCCCGCUGACGGCGGAUAUGCGGCGAGCGGGGCUAUCGGCGCCCUCCCUAUCCACCUCAUUGAGAAGAUCCUCGGAUUCGCGUCCAGCACGAGCCCGCUGGAUUCGGUGUGCCUCGCCGUCGUCUGCAAGUCCUGGGCGGCGGCCGUCUCCGAGCGGCUAGCGAGACCCACCCCCCACCUGUUCGCGCUCAAGCUCGCCAACGUGCACAGCCAGUCCCCGUUACGGUUCAUGCUGCCGCCCGAGGAGGAGCGCCGCCACCGCGGGGCCAUCUACUCCCUGCCGGUGAACGAGGAGGGCUCGCCGUCGCUGGUGGCCCCUGCCCGCUUGCCCUCCGUGGUCCGCGACCCAAAAGGCAUGAACUUUAAGCUAUCCGGCGCCCUGCCCUGCGGCCUCCUCUCCUUCGCGGUCGGCAACCGCGUUGUCCUCGUCAACCCCAUCACCGGCGCGUUCCGGAGCGACGUGUAUGCGCCCUUCGGGACUGGAGCUAAGGUGAGGGCCGUCGCCAGCGCCAACGCGAUCUUCGAUCACGACUACGCCGAGAGGAGCGUCCCGCUCUGCUGGUGCACGGGGGAGUGGUCCGAGCGGAAGCUGCUCUCUGAAGAGUUCAAGAACAUUUAUCUGAUGGCCUACACAGACGGUGUCUUCUACGCGCUGGAAUUCCGGGGUUGCGCCUACACGGUGGACACACGCGUGCCACCACCAUGGCGCCUGAAGAAGCUCCGUGCGCCAAGCAUUCUCGAGCAGUACACCCCGAUCCGCGGGCGCUUCCUCUGCUACUCGCACCUGCUGGAGUCGGAAGGGGCAGUCCUGUUUGUUGGUCCGGUGCUCGCACCACGACAACCCACAUGCCGUGAUACCAUCGGUGGCUUCGAGGUGUACAGGCUGGAUGUCGAGGCGGCACGAUGGGUGAAAGUGGAGAGGCUUGCUGCUGACAGGGCGCUUUUCGUGAGUGAGCAAUCAUCGUUCUCUGUGCGUGCCUCGGAGGUGCCGGGGUGCAUGAGCAACUGCAUCUACUUUGUGGGUGAGGUUGAUGACUACUCCUACGUCACCUGGGGCGUCUACUCCAUGGAGGAGCGGAAGGUGCUGUUUCAGCGCCCCGUCGGUGGUUCUUGGGGAAGAUGCACGUGCGCAUUGUAUACUCGGGAGAAAGGACAAAAAUCUAAGUUCUUCAGACCUUGUAGCUUGGAUGAGCAUGAACUUGCUAGGCUGGCGCUGCUUUGGGUGUAUGGUAUCGGCCAAAUUCUGUGCCAAGGCGUUGGAGUGCUCUUUGAAUCCUUUGGCUCUGAUAAUGGGUGGUUUCUGGUAGCAAUUUUUUGUGAUGGGCAUGGUGAGGUGUGCAUAUGUGCGUUGCAGUGCUCUUUGAAUCCUUUGGCUCUGAUUGAGCCGGAAAUUGGAGGUUUUUUUUUACUGAAGACAGCAACUCUAGUUCCCUUUUUGGUAAAAGGAGUAACAGAAUGUUUUCACCUGUCAACACACAUCGGAAGAGCAGGAGAUUUGCACCCGACAACGCCCGUCGAAACACGUCAAAUCCCCACACCAGGUUUCAGUUCUGGGUCAAAAGCUUUGGGCAGCACAGUUUGUCUAAAACUGCAGUAUGUCAAAACCUCAGCGGAUCCUGAAGGAUACGAGAUAAAUGGGAAUACAUUUUACACGAUUGACCAAGAUCAAAAGAGUACCAACCAGAACAGCGGUGUCCGCUUUGAUGCAACAACCGAGAAGGGAAAGGACACAUAUUAUGAUUAUAUAGUGGACAUAUGGGAACUUGACUACGGACAAGAUUUUAAGGUCCCUUUGUUUAAAUGCAAAUGGGUCAAUCUGUCAGGAGGCGGGGUACAUGUAGACCCACAGUACGGAAUGACAACAGUCGAUCUGAAAAAUCUUGGGUACACUGACGAAUCGUUCGUCCUAGCCAAUGAUGUGGUACAGGUUAUCUAUGUGAAGGACAUGUCUACCGGACCAAGAAAAAGAAAAGAUAAGGAAAUGAAUACAUCAUACGAUGAGCCAAAGCGCCAUAUAAUUUUUUUAGGAAAAAGGGACAUCCUGGGAGUGGAGGGCAAGACAGACAUGUCUGAAGAUUAUGAAAGGUUUCAUGAAAUUCCUGCCUUCAAUGUCAAGGCUGACCCAAGCAUCCUGAUAAACGAUGUAGAAUAUCCAUGGUUACGGCGCAAUAAGAAAAUGACACAAGCGAAAAAAAAGUGA